AUGAACAAUCCGCAACUAGAUCCCGGCCUGUCCGCCAUGCUCGCGGGCACCAAUCUAUCCAUCGACCCAGGCGCACUCCUGCAGCAACCACCAGUUUUUGAAAACGACACGGCUUCUUCCUCCCGCACAACAUCAACCUCAUCCGUGCCGCGGCUACACACGCCCGACACACCCGAGACAGAAGACGACGGCCUUUCUGAAGAGGAGGAAGACGACGACGACCGAAACACAACAUCAAAGAAGCCGUCCUCGAGAGGCAAGGCCAAGAUGCCCACCAAGUCAAGAACAGCCACAUCAUCCUCCAAGUCCAAAAAGGGCGGCUCCACCACUGCCACGGCCAGUGUAGAUAAGCGACGCAGACGGAACCUGGAGCGCAAUCGCGCCGCCGCCUCAAAAUGUCGCCAGCGCAAGAAGCAGUGGCAGGACGGCCUCGAGCGCAAGAAGAUUGAGCUCGAGAGCCGCUACAAGUCGCUUCACAGCGAGGUCAAGGAGCUCAUGGAGGAGGUGGCCCAGCUCAAGAACUUUGUCAUGGCCCAUGCCGCCUGCAACGAUGCCAACAUUGACGACUGGAUCCGCAACGAGGCGGACAGCUUCGUGCGGCGGAUGAGCGGUGCGCAGAUGGCGCAGAAUGCGCAAGCAGCACAGAACGCGCAAGUGGCGCAGAAUGCACACACUCCUCCGCAGCCUCAGGGAUCGUUGGUCCAGAUGCAGUCUCCUACGCAGGGCCAGCUAGCGACACCCUCUUCGAUGAAUGACGCCCUGAACAAUAUGUGUGCACCUGCUGGCUCCAAGGCGCCGUUUGAUGCAGCUGCGAACAAUAGCAUGCGGCCCGGUGGUGCUGGAGGCGCCCAGGACCAAAACAACAACAUUUUCGAUCAAGAUUUGCUUAUGGUGAAUUCGAUGCAAGCAUGA